UUCUCACUGGGAAAUGUGAAAUGCAACUUCUGUUUCACACUGAAUAGAAUAACAGUUUAAGAUCUAUAGUGUUUUUUGUUUGACUUUUUGAAAUGGUUCUGGCAGUUUGGAUCGGAAUCUGAAUUUUAAAAAAUGAAUCAGGAAAUUUAAAGAAGGUUAAAGCAAAAUCAAAGCCCGGCAGCCCUAAGCCAUGGCUCAGGGGGGCCCAGUGUCGAUUCUAGACAAGCGCUCAUCCGACCCAGAAGCCCACAUCGUUCGAGAUAGAAUCACACGCAGCAGGAGCUUGGAUCGAGAGGGACGUUACCAUAGCGAUAUUGACAUAGAGCUUCGCAUACCACAGUGUUACCGAACAAGUUUCAGUGCGGUUUCCGCACCAGUCCGAAGUGUGCGGAAUAGAAGUCGAUCGAAAAGUCCAAGUUCAAGUUGUUUAAAGUAUAGAAAAGACAUGUCUUCUGAGUCGCUUGGAGGGAGGGGUAGAAAGGGUGGUAAGCAUGUAACAUACAGUGACAACGUUGUUGUGAGAGGUUCCGAUGCUAGCGGGACGUUAAGUUUGUCGGAUAGCGGUAAUGAUAGGUCAAGACUAGGUGGUGCAAAUGUGUCGGAUGAUUACUCUUCGCAGUUGAGGGAACUGUCUCAGCAGAUUGUGCAAGAGUAUUCCGCCAAUGACACGAAUAUGGAGGCACGUAUGAACAGUGAACAGAUUCAUUCAUCAAAAACAAAUGCAUCUGAAGCUAACGGGGUCGUUAGACCUCGACUGACUAACAGCUUACAUGUGAUGAAUGACCACAACUCUUCAAGGAAGAGAAUUGUGGUGGAGGAGGAUUAUGAUCAUGACAGAAGUGUUAGUUAUAAUGAUGCCGUAAACAGUUCUUAUUCCGAGGAAGUGAAAACAGCGGCCGACGAAUUAAUCGCUAAGGCCACUGUUUCGGAGAAUCUCAGCCCUGGCGAGACAAAAGAACGUCGUAAUUCUUUGCCGCCGGAUAUCCAAAUCCAAGAAAAGGACAGGAAUAAACUUGAUCCAUCCAAACGAUCCAUCAGUUCCAGCAUUAGCAAUUUUUUCAGACGUAUGUCACCACGUUCAGGGCGUAAAUACAAGAAAGGCAGCCAAUCGAACAUGAGUGCACAAAGUCUGUCAACGUCGGAUAGUUUGGACGGAUCUCUUCAUAAGCAUGCCAGUUCUGGCAGUUUGUCUCGGGGGAAGUUACGCAGAUCUUUCAUGAAACUAAUCGGAAAAUCACCAUCGAAAAAGGACGCAAAUCGAUCCGAAAGUUCCGAAUAUGUUGGGAAGUCUCCAUCAAAACGGGACCCAAAUGCCAAAAGAUCAGAAAGUUCGGAGCCUGUGGGGAAGUCCCCAUUGAAAGCGGAUACCAAUUCGAAACCAGACAGUUCAGACUGUGAGGAAAAGGAUAUCGGCAAAGAGAGUCAGUCACCAGGAUCUGCCUUGUAUAUGAAGUCCAUCGAACAGUCUGCAAAGUCGGACGUUUAUCAGAUGUUCAAAGACAAGCAGAGACCUGGCAGUAAGUCUGAGACCCCAAAAUCUUCAACAAAGCCAACAGCAAUAAAAGCAUCGCCGCUUCAGGCCUCACCUGAUCAGCGUAAAGUUGAGGACGGGAGGAGCAUAAGGCAGAGAUGGCUUGAGGCUAGCAGUCCUGGCGAAAUGACUGGAGACAAAUCAGCUGGGGAUCAAUUCACUGCAAACGAAUCUACACUACUCAGCCCGUUGUCACCAGAUUCGGAGAGGGUGGGAGAUGGCCAUGUUUUGGCAGACGGCAAAUCAGAGACACCAAAUAACACUGAGUCUCGCAUCCAAGCCUCGACUGUCACGCCAGUAAACAGUCCACAGAAACGUGACGAGUACAAACGACGUAUUGAGAAAAGUUCACCACCAAUGACAGUUGUUGACGAUUUCUCCGAAGCGUUCCCAUUCGACACCGUCACAAGAACGCCAUCGUAUCUGCGUAUAAGCAGUGCGGUCAGUGGGUAUGGUCACUACUCGAAAUACUCGGCGUACAGAGGAAUAGAAAAACGGUCACCCUACUCGAGUACUCUGUCCCUGCGGUCGAGUAGGUCUGAUUUGACGACCCCGCAGUCGCCCGUUGAAAUGCCCAUCGGAAAGAUCCCGAAUAUCUCUCGUCCAACGAAUUACCCGCCCUUGAAGAGUGAGGUUCUGUCGCCUCGCAAGGAGAUUUUCGGGGACACUGGUGUAGAGACAUUGACCCCUGUGAAUGGGUCAAAUGAGGGUUCUUUAAAUGGUAGGGACGAUUCCAGUGGAUCGCUAUCUAAGAGUGAAGAUGUAACGAUAGAAGGCAAUGGGCAUAUUGAACUGGUUGAGAAUUUUGUGUCAACUGGAAACCCAGAGAAGGAUGCAGAUUCUUUUCUGUCGGUGACUCAAGCGGAAGAAAAUCGGCUGCUAGGGUUGUGUUCGAACUGCGAGGGGGAAAUGUGUAGCAGUGACGUGCCCGAGGAAGGUCGAGGCAAGAUCCGUGCUGCUGUAGGUAAAGCCAAUCUGCUUAUCAGCCAGAAGUUCCAGCAGUUUCGGGACCUGUGUGAGCAGCACAAGUGUCCAGUUGAGGGAGCCAAGCCCACCAAGUGGGAAGAUCUGCAGGGCUUCUGGGAGAUGGUGAAACUGCAGGUGGACGAUGUACACGACAUGUUCAACGAGAUAGAGAUGCUCAGGAACAACGCCUGGAUCGAGAUUACAGUGCCCUCCCGCCGCAGUUCGUCUGGUUCCCGAUCCAGUCCGAAAUCAAACAGCGUGAACGUGAGCAAUGCCAGCACGCCUUCACAUACACCAGGAUCCAAGCGCAGAGCUCAGCGUGUGAAAGAAACACCAGAAUCCUCACCUGAACGAACCCAGAAAGCCAAGAUGGCCGCCAAAGAGCGCAACGAUGCGCGAAAGAAAUUACUCGCAGAGAAACGUGCUGCAAUGAAGCAGCAGCAGGUGCAACAACAACAGGACGUUGAAAUCUUUGUGCCGGAAAAUGGACAGGUUUCAGAGAUCCCUGAACGUGUUGUAGAGGAGUUGCAGAAUGGUGUAAACGAAAAUAAUGACAAUGAUACAAACGGAACUGAGGUGUGAUAGAGCUCGUAGUUGUUUUGGAGCCGAAGAUUAUUACAAAAUUGUUUUGGAGCCAUUGAUUGUUAUGAUACAACUUAUGGUGUAGUGAAAAUGUUUUAAACUGUUAGUUUUUUUAUUCCACCAUAUUUGUUAGGACUCUUUUGAGAAGAGCUGAUUGAAACUUGUUCUGGUGCUAAAAGGGCAUUUGGUGACAAGAGAUGAAUUGUCUGGAAAGUGGCUUAAAACACUACCAUGUGGAAACAAUAUUUGUGCAAUGAGUCGAAAAGUGUGGCAUAGGGACAUUUUAUGUUGAUAGUAGGAGAAAAAAUAAAAUUGUGUUAAGGGUGAUAACAAUUUCACUGGUAUUUCAUGUGACAUGUAGCGUUAUUUAUAGGAAGUGUUGUGGGUAAAAAUGCAUGUACACUGUGCAUGGAUAUUUUAGAAUAAUAAAUUUGUGACAGGUCAGUCAAA